AUGAGGAACCCUGUUGUAAGAGAUAGCGACGAAUGGAAUACUAUCGAGUUUGCCCUGAGACUCAGAUGUAGGACCUCUAGAGUUAACCUUUUACAAGCAUGGAAUACCACACAACCGGAUGCCGUUUCGGUAUUCAGCAGAUGGGUACAGAGUGCCCCUAUUAUUGAAGUAUUUAUUAAUGCUGAAACGUUAGAUCGAAACAAUACAGUACAAGAUGUAUGCACCAGGGGACUGUAUAUAGGAUCCAAUGGCUUCAAACUUAGUAUAGGAAAUAUACAAUGCACAAGCCUACCACUGCUGAGAUCGACUAUACGUGAUGGCGCAAAUGCGGAGGCACAAAGUGGUGGACUUGAUGACCAGGGGAAGCUCUUGCCACCCAAGAACGCAACAACAGCCAAUGUCAUGUACGGAGAUAAAAGGGUAUACGAAUACUUUGUAUGUGAUGUUGCACUGGGAAAAUCCAUAGCAGCAUCCGAUGAAGUCGAAGCCCAGAGACUUAGACUCUCCAUGCCAGUGGAGUAUGAUAGUGUAUAUCUGCAAAACAGCAAUGAUCAGAAGUUUCUAGAUGUUACAGUACUACCCAGACAACCGGAUCAAACAGUAUCGGUAGACCACUUACAGGAUGAUGUCUUCUCAAAAGGGGUAUUGCCAAAACUUGCAUUCAAAAGGGAAUACAUCGUAUACGGAGCAUCACAGAUAUUGCCAAAAUAUCUUAUACAGUUUGAAUGCGAUGCUGCAGCGGAGGAAACUUUCGCACUCCCACUGUGUGACAGCUGCCAAAAUGAUGCCGCCACACUAUACUGCUCAUCAGAUGACGCUAAAAUAUGCAUGAAAUGUGAUGAAAAACUACAUUCACACAAAGUUGUAUCCAGACAUAUAAGAGUCCCAUUAAAUAAGAUGCCGAGACCUGUGGCACGAUGCAGGCUACAUCCAUCAAAGGUAUACACGAUGUACUGUACAGUCUGCCACCUACCGGUCUGUCAGUUAUGUACAUCUGGACACAUACAUGGAAAGGGGUGUGAUGAUGAGGGCGCGGCACAUUUUAUACCUAUCGCAAAUGCAUAUGAUGCGGCUAUAUAUGAAAUGCAACAACAGUCAAGUGAAACUAUAGAACAACGACGACAGCAUCUCAACGCACUAAUACAACAGUUAAACAUCAUUGAAAAGGCCGUGGAAGAAAAUUGCGAACGUGUGGAGGCCAAUUGUUACGAGAAUCUGGAAACAACACUUAAGGAGUUACAUUCUACUAUACAGAACUCGCUGGAGAUCAUUGUCGCAGAACAAACGGAAAAUAAACGACAGCUGAACCAGCUGGAAUGGGCAGAAAAUUUUGCAGAAUAUAUCAAAAAUACAUUACUACCAGCAGAUUAUCUACGGGCAUGGCUAAGACAUUGUAAAUUACGCAAUCAAAUGGAUCCCAAACUGUCAAAAGAACAAAUGCAAGAGAUAUUCCCAGAUAUAGAUCUACAAGGGGAACUUGCUAUCAUGCACGAACAAUCGAGGCAACAUGACCAUACAUAG